UGCAAGCACCGACGUCCUGAACGAGAGAUGGCGAAGGACUAUUACAAAGUGCUCGGCGUCCGCCAGGAUGCCAGCGAGGACGUCAUCAAGAAGGCUUACAGAAAACUCGCACUCAGGUACCAUCCAGACAAAAACAAGUCGCCGGACGCUGAAGAUAAAUUCAAGGAGAUCGUCGAGGCUUAUGACAUCGUCAGCGCGAAGAAACAGGCAGUCACCGAAUGGCCAGGCAGGCAUUGCUACCAGAGCUACAGCGAAAACAGCGGACCCUUUUGGCCAGGUAACGCCUAUGCUAGCCAUGUUUACGGAUAUUGCAGCAGCUCUUUCUCGUGGAACUUCCGUGCCGACAGCUCCUAUCAGUGGGCCUUUCAGGCCAGCUGCAGUUUCCAGCCAGCCUCCAGUCAAGGCAGCUUAUUUCAGCGGUUGUACAGUUAUUUCAGCCGUACACAGACGUAUCACAGUUGCCCAAGCGUGCACUACCUAGGCAUGACGCAUCACAUGCAAGCGGGUGCAGGAGCACGUUAUUUCGUACAGAAUGCACAUGGUGGUCCACAUGACUCCAACUCGCGGCAGUCAGAGAGAUACGGUAGUGGCAGCUUGACAAACCAACGCCAGAAACGACACAGCACACCUGUGGAGCGAGAUCUGUACCUGACUCUGGAAGAAGUUCUACAGGGAUGCAACAAGAAGAUAAAAACGACCUGGUUGGUGGCGAGCGCAGAUGCCAGUACUCCAAGGGUUGAAGAGAGGCUACUGAAGGUGAGCGUGAAGCCUGGUUUGCCAGAGGGAUCGAAGGUGGCGUUCAAGUCUGAAGGUGGCGAUUCACAGCAAAGCACUCCCGCUAACGUCGUGUUUGUCAUCCGCUACAAGCCUCACCCUUUGUUUAAGAGAGAAGGGGUUGACAUUUAUUACGUUGCGAAGGUCACGAUCGGACAGACUCACUGGGGUGCGAACGUAGAGGUGCCAACUCUGACUGCAAGCAAGAUCUCGCUUCCGCUAAAGGGAGUCAUUCGGUCUGGUGCCAUCAGACGCAUUCACGGCCACGGAUUGCCUGAUUUCAACGAUCCAACGAAGCGUGGAGACCUUGUUGUCAUAUUCGACGUGCGGUUCCCGGUUGCCUGAAGUCUGUUUCCCAAUAACCGUAGAAAAGAAAACCAAGCGCAGCAUGAGCAAAUCGACGACAUCUUCGAACCAAGUGUCGCCGGCAACGAAAAAGAAAGCGCAA